CCUCGGCAAAACAGCGUCAACUCAAUUUUGUCUGGCCCAGAAUCACAUCAUUUCUCAAUAGCCCCUAUCCCAUCUCCAGCAUCGGCUUACUUUGAAGUCGACAUGCCUAAGAGAGGCAGCAAUUCAGGCCACUUACGGCGAGGCUCUUCAUCAUCAAGAGGGAUAACACAAAUGAUACCACAUCAAGCCGACAUGCCACAACAGCAGCAGCAACAUCUGCCAUCGCUUUCCAAUAUGCUGGCCAUUUGGCAAGGAAGAUUAGACGGCCCCGUGAUCGAGACUGUGGGACUCGCCCACGCAUUUACAACCACUCAUCACAGGCCAUCUGCGUUUCAAGGAGAACAUGCAUUGCCGCUAGUAUCAGUACCAGCUCUUCACCACGAGUCAUCGUCAAGCGGCAGCAGUGUCCCGACGGUGGCAUCGGGCAGAGCUGGUCGUAGACUGAGCGAAGGAUCGUUACCAAUCCAUGUGCUUCUAUCAGCCCAAAAUCAAAUGCCUCACCGCCGAGAUGAAGAUCCGUUAUAUACAGCUAGCUAAUCCUUUGAACAUGAAAAGCUUGAAUAGAAAUGCAGCUAAUAUAGGCCGCUAAGGAUUUCAAACCGCGUCCUCGGCUUUGCAGCACAUGAGAGUCGAGGAGACAAGCGAUAGCGAUGUAAUAAUGACCUCAGCAGACGAGCCGCUAUCCAGUUCUCAUACUUAUGAAACAAGCGGUCUUGACGGGGUGAAUGCUUUGCUAAAAGCUGGCGAACUUUUUGACGAUCGUCAGAGCUAAUUUAGCAACCAACCAAUGGCAGCAAUAAGCCCAUAAGGGUCAUAAUAGCUGUUUUGAUGACUAUAUACCAACUUAUCGUGGUCGG